AUGCCGGCCGCUAUGCCGUCGGGCGAGCAGAUCGACGCCUUCUUCCAGAAGCUCGAACAGGCAGUGCCCUUCCCAGAGGCCGAGCUCGCCGCCCUCGCGCCGCUGGCCGUCGCCCAGGAGUGGAAGAGCAUCGGGGCAACGCAGAGCGUCCCCUGGAUAUGGGUCAUGCUGUGUGAGCUCUCCCUCGUGAGCUUUCUGACGCCCAACGCUCGCAUCACUCCGUUGGCGAGCUUCUUUGUGUUCUCGCUGAGCUGGAUGUUCUUCCUGCAUCCCGGCGCGCGCCACGCGUCCAACCUUCUCCGGCUGUGCCGCAACGUGCUUCGUGCUUUGGAGCGCAAAUCCAACGAGGCCCGCGCGGCCAUGUGGACGCAGCUGCGUUUGCAAGCGUUGCCGAAUCCAGCGGCCAAGGCAGCGCUGAAGGAACGCUUGCAGAAGCUGCGUGGCGUCUCCUUCCGGGUUGGCACCGGCUCGUUGGAGGGCGUCGGCUUGAAAAUGUCUUCCGACGCGUGCCGCGCGGCUGCUGGUAGCUGCCUCGUGGAGGGCUCGCAGUUCCUGCAGUGGCUUCAGCAAGAGCUCGGACUCAACAAGCCAUUGGCACGUGAGAUCCGCGAUGCAAGCGCUGAGCUCCAGAACGAGAAAGGCGCCGACAAAUUGGAGGAGCGCAUCGUGAACAAGUUCUUCGCCGUCUACAAGGCCCGCGCCAUCGAGCACGUCGGUGAGGGCUCUUUCACGUAUCAUUUGGGCCACCCAUUCCGGAACUACGACUUUUCCAGCACGGGCGGCGGUCAGGCUGAGACCGGGUUCUUCGACGUGUUCGACGCGCGCGUGCAGCAGCAAGGGGGCGCGUACCUGGUGAAGCACGAGGGGGCGAAGAAGCGCGGGAGGCUGAAGGGCAAGCACCUGCGCCGCGCCCUCAACUGGGCCAACGUGAUGAAUGCUCGGGGGGACGUGGCGUUCGACGCGUGGAACACAGCCAUCGACCUCAACGCGCUCAAGGCAGCCCAGUUGAUCGGGGAUUUCUCCGAGAAGCUUGCCGAGGAGAUGUCCAACGUGAUCCGCGUCACCUUGUCGCUCUCGCUGUCCGCGCUGCGCCGGGAGAUCCCCGUGGACCAGCGCGCCUUCACCAAGGCCUUUGUCAUCGCCAUGCCGAGGAUGCAGACUAUCUGGCUAGAGUCGACGAGCCUGAAGGCGCACGGCGAGAUCCGUGACAACUUGCCCGCCGCCAGCACUGGCGAGAAGUUAACCGCCGUCUGGCGCAUGGCGCUCGCGAAAGCGCUGCAGCUCGGGCGCGCCGUCAUGUCCACGAACCCGCGCGGCGCCAAGAAAAUGCACUUCGUGAAGCGCUCCGCCCUCGCCUCCGACGCGCGCCGCCAGGAAUUCGAGGCCGUGCUGAGCGCUUUGGGUAUGGGGCCCGGCCAGUGCGCCGCGCCGACGGCGGAGGUCGCGGACGCGAGCCGCCCGCAGACGGUCCCCGCUCUGGUGCGCAGCGCCUGGACCUCGGAGGCAGCGCAGGAGGCGGUGACCACUCUCCAGCAGUGGUAG